CUAUUUAGCAACCCUGCCAUUGUGUAGCCUGGCAACACCAACAACGCCAUACUUCUAAAAUGCUUUUUUCGGGCGAGUUUACAUUAUCCGCAUAAAACUUAAAAACAGUAAAAGCAAGUAAAAGAAGUAUUUAUAAAGUUUUAACAUAGCAAAUAAACUAAAUGUUACUGCCACAUGUCAUAACGUCAAUGUAAUUAAUACGCUAAAUUGUUGCGAAAACGCAUUUUUCUGGGAAAAAGCGAUAGCAGAAAAAUUAAGAGUGUGGUGAAUAAAACGGUUUUACGCAUUUUACUGUGUUAGUCCAUCAGCUGCGGCUGUCAAAAGUUGGCGUGCCGUGGUGAAUAGGCGCAAGCCGAAAACAAAACACGACCAAACACUAUGAACAACUUUCUGUAAACAAUAAUAAUAAUAGAGCGUGCGUUUCGUGUGUGACUGCGAAAUGGAUAAGCGUUUCAAACGGCCAAUGAACCAACAGAGAGGUGGUUAUGUGGAUCAACAAAACUACGGCCAACAUGCACCAAGAUCCGCCUAUCAGCAGCCCUACAAUAACUACACACACCCCAAUCAUGGCUACAACAACUACAACAAUAAUAGCAAUAACUAUUACAAGCCCCCGCCACCGCCGCAGCAGCCCACAAAUGUCAGAGGUGGUGGCGGGUGCGGUGGCGGUUGGUUAGACCCAGCACCGUUGCCGCAGGAUUGUGGAAACGCCAAUAACGGCUCGGAUGUGGUCACAUUGAUAGUGGAGAACAACAAUUUGAAGCGGAUGAUUGUGCUCCAUCUGAAUGUUAUGCAGGAUCAGACCGAAAGCAUAUUGGACAAAGAGAAAGAGCUGGAGGAUAAAAAUGGACGCAUCAAAACGUUGCUCGCCCAGAAUCAGGAGCAGAUGCAGCAGAUAGCCAAACUUAGCCUAACCAUUGAGGAUCUGCGCAAGGAAUUCCGUAGACAUAUGAAGCGGUCGGCUAACGAUACUGAUGGACAGCCCAAACUGAAAUCACAAUGUUGUGCGGAUAAACAAACCCAGACACCGGACUUCGUCCCAAAGGAGACGGUUCUGCAUGGCUAUAAACAUGGGACACAUUUAAAGCAGACACAAAACGUGUUGGUUACGUCUGUAACGGAUUUGCCGCCAACGACACCUGCUUUUGAGAAUAGUAAGGUGCGCGGCGAGUUCAAUGGCGGCAAAAAGGUGAGAACCUUUUUCUUGCACCGUGUGCAUCAAGAGGAGGAGCAGGAGCAACAGCAGGAGGAGGAGGAGGUACAGCAGCAGGAAGAGGAGGUACAGCAGCAGGAAGAGGAAAGACAGAAACAGCAGCAGGAGCAAUUGCAAUUGCAGCUAGACGAAGAAGAGUUGCACACACACAUGGACAUUGGCGAGGAGGAAGAGCUGGAGGCGGAAGUGGACGAGGAGGAGGAGCAUAUCUAUCACGAUGCGCUCGAUACGCAUGAAAUGGAAAUAGUGACUGAAACAAUUAUUGGCGCCGAGGAGGAGCUAGGCGCCGAGGAGACUGCCGAAGAUAAUGAUAACAUUAACAAUGGACACAUCUACGAAGAGGAAGUCGAGAUGGAGCACGAAAUUGUUAACAAUUGCGAUGCGGAUAAUCUCUGGCAGCACGAAGCGGAUGCGGAGGAGGAACAGCGACUGUGGCAUGCAGAGUUGGACAGCCAGAUGGAGCUGGAAGAGCAGCAGCGAAAACUCAUUGCAACGCCUCCCACACAACAUGCAACACAGUUCACAGAUGACGAUAUUGAUAAUUCGUUAUUCCAAGUGCAAAAAUGUGAUGAACCGAUCCACACAAAGCUGCAAAAUGCACUAAGGGAACCCAACUCAAAACAGGCGUCAAUCAAAUCAAAUGUGGACGAAUUAGCAACAAAGCCACGCAAAUUAAGGUUGCCAGCGACGCCGACUAAAGCUGUAGCCAAUCAUCAGGCAACCAAGUCGCAAUUGGAAGCCACAAAGAAGGAGCGAAAUUUGGCUAAAUCAGCGAAGCAGCCGCCUACGGGGACACAGAAUGCAGCAACAGCAAAUGAUAAAGCGAUAUUGGCCAAGCCAGCGCUGCAGCAACGGGAGCAGGAAAGGCAACAAGAGAAGGAGCAGGAACAGCAGAGAGAGCGGGAGCGGGAGCGUGAUCAGGAAGAGCAAAGGGAGCAAGAGCGUGAGCUGGAAGAGCAGCGAGAGCGGGAGCUGGAAGAGCAGAAAGAGCGUGAGCUGGAAGAGCAGCGGGAACGUGAGCUGGAACAGCAGAAAGAGCGUGAGCUAGAAGAGCAGCAAGAGCGUGAGCUGGAAGAGCAGCGGGAGCAUGAGCUGGAACAGCAGCGGGAGCGAGAUCGUGAACAGAAGCUGGAACGGGAGCAACAAAAGGAGCGGGAAGAGGUGGCCAAACACGAGCAACAGCUGGAGCUGCUAAAGAUGCGCGAGGAGCAGCUGGAGCGGGACCAGCAGCUGGAGAGCAAGCAACAGCUGGAAAGCGAACAGCAGCUGGAACGGGAACAGCAGCUGGAACGCGAGCAACAGCUGAAGCGGAAACAGCUAAAGAAGCGCAAAAAGCAGCUGAAGCAGGAUCAGAAGCUAGAGCGUGAACAGCAGCAGCAGGUGGAGCGGCAACGGCCGAAGAAGCGCGAACAGAAAAAGGAGCAGCUGAAAAAGCGAGCACAUCAAAAGGAGCAUAAAAAACACGGUGAGCGUGCACGUCAUAAGGGUACACAAAAACAGCUAGAACAGCAGCCAGAACGGGAGCAGGAAAAGCAACCGGAACGGGAGCGUAAACAACGCGAAAAGCAGGAGCUAAAACAAACUGGAGCGCAAACAGAGGAGCCCAACAUCGAAGAGGAGACGAUGCGCAAACUACACGAACAUUUGCAAAAACAGCAACAGCGACUGCAAAACCAGCAGCAACAAUUGCCGCUGGUGCGGCUCAAGAAGUCGCCCAUGCAGACGGGCGGCAACACCAGCCUCAUAUAUCCACCCAUAGCGCAGACGAGCGCCACAAUAACACCCGCGCCCUCACCGACAAAUGCGGCAUCGCCCAAGCUGAAGCUGAUGAACAACAACAACAACAACAACAACAGCAGCAACAACAACAACAGCAGCAGCAACAACAACAACAACAGUACAACAUUAACAAGAGUAACAUCGGUAACAACCGUAACAAUAAUCCAAACGCCGCUGACACCGCAGUCCAUCAGCAGCGUCGGCAGCAGCAGCAAUAGCAGCAGCAGCAACAACAACAGCAGCAGCAACACCAACAACAACAACAACAACAACAACAACACGAACACUAGCGACAACAACAAGCGCUUGGGCAGCACGAGAAACAACUCGAAAUUCCGCACAUCACUGCAGCCAUACACGACACGCUCCUGGGAGGAUCAAGAGUUUCAUUGUGACAAUGAAUUCUUUCUGGAGGAGGCCGAUGAGCUGCUCGCCGACAAUCCCAGUCUGGAGAUACCCAAAUGGAAGUUGGUGCAUAUAACACGCUCAGCGGAUUCCAAGGGCACAGAGCCGCUCAGCGAUGCGGACUUUGUGCGUCGCCACGAGAAGUAUGUCCGGGAUGAGAUUGAGCGCAAGAAGCGCGAUGCACGCUACUUACGGGAACAGAUGCGCAGCGAGGCGUUGCGUUUGCGUCACAAUCAGGAUGAGGUGUUGAUACCGCUCGAUCCACUGCCAACGUCCACCUUCUAUCCACUGCCCGAGGAUAUUGAGGGCAUACAGUUCGUUACCGAAGUGCCUGUCCAGGCGUUUGGUGAGAACAUGAUUAACCUGAAACCGGAAUCCGAACACUUCUCGCUGCCCUGGCUGGAUGCGGUACAUGCGCCGACAGCGGAUGCCCGAGCCAAGGCGCAGGCUGCGCCCGUGGCGACGUUGGCCAGCAAAAAGCUGCCCACAACCGCCGCCGAGGCGCGACAUCAGGAGAUGAAUUCAUCGUAUGUGUUCCUCAAGCGACGCAAACGUCAGCGGAGACGUUAGGCUCGCAGCAGCAGCAGCAGCAGAUGCCGCAUGCCGCAUGCCACAUGCCACAUGCCUGCUAAAGCCCACACAUUGACGUUGCAUGAUGCUGAUAUAUAUUUAUAUAUACAUAUAUAUAUCUAUAUC